AACUAAAAGUAACCAACAAUGUCGAGAUUUACGUUACUUCCACUCUCUGUUUGUGUCUAUCUCAUCACCCUGUUCCUCUUCACACAGUCUUUUCCCGACCAUAAUGGCCUCGUCCCAUCUUCGUUUUCUUCACCACUUCUGGUCAAGAGGGAUCAACGCACACCAAUCGUCACAACUGAGUUCGGAGAGAUAUCAACCGUUCAGAUCGGUGAUGGAUAUCACCUUCAGUUCAUAACAUUGGAGCCAAACGCACUCUUGCUUCCUCUUCUUCUCCAUUCCGACAUGGUCUUAUUCGUUCACACUGGAAGUGGGACUUUAAAUUGGGUGGAGGAGGAGAGCGAGAGGACGUUAGAAUUAAGAAGAGGAGAUGUUUAUAGGCUAAGGUCCGGUACAGUCUUCUACGUACAUAGCAAUAGCUUGGAGAGAGACAAAGUUCCAGAGAAACUUAGGCUUUACGCAAUCUUUGACGUGGGGAAGUGUUUAAACGAUCCAUGCCUUGGAGCCUACUCGAGUAUUAGAGACCUUUUAUUGGGUUUCGACGAUAGAACUCUCCGGUCAGCUUUUGCGGUUCAUGAGGAUGUUUUGAGGAGGAUAAGAGAUGCAACAAAGCCUCCGCUGAUCAUAAAUGCUCUGCCGAGAAACAGAACACAAAGCUCGGAGGAGGAUAAGUGGCAAACACGGCUUGUUAGGCUCUUUGUUAGAGUUGAAGAUGUCGCUGAUCAUUUGGCCAUGAAACCAAUCGUUGAUGUUAACAAAAAGAAAUCAAGAACGUUCAAUGUUUUUGAGGCUGACCCGGACUUUGAGAACAACAAUGGUCGGAGCAUAGUGGUAGAUGAAAAAGAUUUGGAUGCUUUAAAGGGUUCAAGAUUUGGUGUUUUCAUGGUCAAUCUAACUAAGGGAUCAAUGAUGGCACCGCAUUGGAACCCUAGUGCUUGUGAGAUAUCCAUUGUGAUACAAGGGGAAGGUAUGAUACGGGUGGUUAACCAACAAUCGUUGUCUUCUUGCAAGAACAAUAGCAAGAGCGAGAGGUUCAUGGUUGAGGAAGGAGAUGUUUUUGUUGUGCCGAAGUUUCGUCCUAUGGCUCAAAUGUCUUUUGAAAACAGUUCAUUUGUAUUUAUGGGGUUUAGCACUUCAGCGAAGACGAACCACCCUCAGUUCUUAGUAGGACCGAGCUCGGUUCUGAAAGUAUUGGACCCGAUGGUACUUGCGGUGUCUUUCAACUUGAGUAAUGAGACAAUAAAGGGGCUCUUGGAAGCUCAGAGAGAAAAUGUGAUAUUGGAUUGUGUGUCUUGUGCGGAGGGAGAGCUUGCAAAGAUUAUGAGGGAGAUUGAAGAGAGGAAGAGACGUGAGGAGGAAGAAAUUGAGCGAAGAAGGAAAGAGGAAGAGGAAGCAAGGAAAAGAGAAGAAGAAAGGAAGAGGGAGGAGGAGGAAGCUAAGAGACGAGAGGAAGAGAAGCGGAGACGUGAAGAGGAAGAAAUUGAGCGUAGAAGGAAAGAAGAGGAGGCAAGAAAGAGAGAAGAAGAAAGGAAGAGGGAGGAGGAAGAAGCUCAGCGACGUGAGGAGGAAGCAGAAGAGGCGAGAAAGAGAGAAGAAGAAAGGGAAAGAGAAGAAGAGGAAGCUAAGAGUCAAGAAGAAGAGAGGAGAAGACGUGAGGAAGAAGAAAUGGCGAAGAAACGAGAAGAAGAGAGGCAGAAGAAAGAGCGAGAGGAAAUGGAGAGGAAAAGACGUGAAGAAGAAGCUAGGAAGCGAGAAGAGGAGAGAAAGAGAGAAGAAGAGAUGGCUAAGAAACAAGAGGAAGAGAGGCAAAGAAAAGAACGUGAGGAAAUUGAGAGGAAGAGACAUGAGGAGCAAGAAAGGAAGCGGCGUGAAGAAGAAGAGAUGGCGAAAAGACGAGAGGAAGAAAGACAGAGGAAAGAGAAAGAAGAGAUGGAGAGGAAGAAACGUGAAGAGGAGGCUAUGAGGAGAGAACAAGAGAGGAAGAGAGAAGAAGAAGCAGCUAAAAGAGCUGAAGAGGAACGAAGGAAACGAGAAGAAGAAGAAGCAAAGCGGAGAUGGCCGCCCCAGCCACAACCACACUUCGCUACCAUGGAAGUUAUGGUGGACGAGACUUAAGGCAUAUUGGUUUGAGUGUUUGUUUUUGUAAAUCUGAGCAUCUCUUUAUGAUAUAAAGUUUGAUGUUUAUGAGAUGUGGAAAAGAAUGAGAGUGUAGUAUAACGGAUGAGGUAGCGAUUUGUCUUUGCGAA